AGGAAAAUAAGAUAUUACAUGGCUGUAUAUUGAAACAAAAAUGAUAAAUGCUGUCAUAGCAUAAAUAAUACUAGGAAGACUGAAUUCAUUUGUAUUUAAUUUGUGUACCUGAACACUUGUAACAUGAAAUCAGCUGGUACUUCAAGCUCUAUCUAGGGUUCUGCUUCAUCCCUAAUGUCUGGAAUCAAUAACAAAACCUGGUUUUAUAGUGUAUAUGUACAUAUUAGUUACAUUUACAGCACAGCACUGCUGAAUUCUCAAAUCUGUUUGUUCGUCUAAUACAUUAUCAUUUUUACAACACUAUUUCAUUACACUUGGACUUGUAUGUUGGACACGCCACGUAAACACAUUAAACAACGUGUGUAAUCAAUGAUUAUGAGUUUUCUAUUUAAAAUGUGUGGAAGGAGUCUCCAGUGACAGCACUUUGUCACAGUCAGAGGUGUAAGUUUUCUAACAGCAUCAGGACAGAGGAGUUUACACUUUCCUCCCUGCUGGAAAAAAAAAAAAAAUUACAAACCCUCAUAGACUUUGUAAUGGUUAUAAUGAGAAUUGUAUUGUUUUUAAUGGAAACUCUAAUGGUCCCUGUGGGUCUCUACUGGUAAUUUGUUGCCUUCUGUUGGUGGCAUGUUAUGUCUAGUGGAUACCAGUAAUGGUAAUGGUUUUAAUGGUUAACGGCUGAUGGUUUGUAAUGGUAUUUGUAGUGGAAUCCAUUAGAAUAUAUAUUUUUUUUUCAGCAGGGCUGUUUCUCUAAAACAUGACAAGCUGCGUUUUUGUGUUAUUAACUUGAAGAGAGAGAAAAAUGAUUGGCUGGUGAGGUAACGACUGUUUAUAACUGCUGUAACGGAAGUACUUCAGGACCUAACUUGAUUUAAGGGAUGUUCCACAACAUUAAAUAUACCGUAAAGAUCUAAAUGUGCGUGUUUUUUCUUUGAUAAAUAGAGUGUUGUCAAAAAAGUUGGCAAAUUGCUGAGGUAUAAGAGGAAGAAAGCACUCCAGGACAUGCUUUUAUAAAAAAAAAAGAAAAUAAUAAUAAUCAACUUAAACAACAAUUUUUGUAUAUAUGGUACCAGGUACACUGCUAUACCAGAGUCACUGAUGUACUGAGCAUGAAGCACCACCCAAACAAAUGUAUAAAAGGGGUGGAGGGGGGCCAAUACUUAUUAUUAGGUGGUAAUAAAAGGGUUAGUGAGUUGUAUUAGGUUAUAUAAGUAUUACUUUUUUGUUAUUUGGUUUUGUUAAUAUAUUUAAUUGUGUCUUUUUUGGUCUUUGUGGUACUUCGUUAUAGCUGUAGCUUAACACAAUCACAUCUGAGGUAAAACUUUUAGCUCGUAUUUGAUAUUUUAGUCCACAAACACAGCCUAGUGCUUUCAUAAUUCUCUUUUAAACCUCGUUUUUAAUCAUUUUAGAGCUCAAUUUAGAGCUAAAUGCGAAAUUUUAGCGCGUUUCAAUAUCAGCUGACUAUGCUAGCCGAAACGGACGCGUUAACACACUGCAACUCCCAUGAUGCAUUGCGCGCGACGAAAGCGGAAGGAAACAAAAACACGUACCGGUGAGUGAAUGACAGCGUGUGAGCGCGUGCAGAGCAGAUGAAGGUGAAUUACCGAGACUGAAAAAGGAUUUACGGUGAUAAAAAAGCAUCACUUACACUCACUGAAGCAGGCUGUACUGCGACAGAGUGUCUGGCUCACGAGUUUGUGUUUGUUUGCAGUACCUCACAUGGCCGUGCGACUGCUGAAAGUGUCGUCUGUCGCGACCGCGCUCAUCGCCUCGUCCGGAUUUUACCUGUACUCCCAGAAAGUCGACCUCAACGACCUCAGCAUCGUCAGAUUCGGCCGAGCGGCUGCUACGACGGCGGUCAUCAGUUAUGACUAUCUCACCUCUCUGCGACAAGUUCAGUACGGGACAGACGAGUACUGGACCCGCAAAUCAGAGGUCCACAGACGUUCAGCCGAGAGGCUCAGAGACCUGUGCUGUGUGAACCGAGGCACGUUCAUUAAGGUGGGGCAGCAUCUCGGGGCUCUGGACUACCUCCUGCCCGAGGAGUACACGAGCACGCUGAAGAUCCUCCACAGCCGAGCUCCAGCCAGCACCAUGCAGGAGAUCCAGCAGGUCAUCAGAGAAGAUCUGGGCAAAGAGCUGGAUGAGUUGUUUGUGAGCUUUGAGGAGAAGCCGCAGGGGGCAGCGUCUCUCGCUCAGGUCCACAGGGCCGUCCUGGCUAACGGCACCACGGUGGCGGUCAAAGUGCAGCAUCCGAAGGUCCAGGCUCAGAGCUCCAAGGACAUCAUGGUGAUGGAGUUCCUCCUGCAUGUAGUUCAUUGGAUCUUUCCAGACUUUGCGUUCAUGUGGCUGGUAGAAGAGGCUAAACGAAACAUGCCUCUCGAGCUCGACUUCCUCAACGAGGGACGAAACGCCGAGAAAGUGUCCCACAUGCUCAAGCACUUCGACUUCCUCAAGGUACCAAAGAUCCACUGGGACCUUUCAACCAAGCGCGUCCUGACCAUGGACUUUGUGGAGGGGGGGCAGGUGAACGAUCGCGAGUACAUGACGGAGCAUGGAAUAGACGUCAACGAGGUUUCCAGGAACUUGGGCAAAAUGUACAGCGAGAUGAUAUUCGUGAACGGUUUCGUGCACUGCGACCCUCACCCUGGCAACGUGCUGGUGCGAAAGUGCCCGAAAAGCAAUAAGACGGAAAUUGUUUUACUCGAUCACGGCUUGUAUCAGACGCUGAAGCCAGAGUUUCGGCUGGAUUACUGCAGACUGUGGCAGAGUCUCAUAAAGGGAGACAUGAAGGGUAUCGAGCGCUACAGCAGACGUCUGGGGGCCGGAGACCUGUACCCGCUGUUCGCCUGCGUCCUCACGGCCCGCUCCUGGAGCUCGGUCAGCACCGGCAUCAGCCAGACCCCCGUCACAAAAGCUGAGGAUGUAGAGAUCCGCACGAACGCGGCGCAGUACCUCCCUCAGAUCAGCGAGCUGCUGAACCGCGUUCCUCGGCAGAUGCUGCUGCUGCUGAAGACCAACGAUCUCCUGAGGGGCAUCGAGACGGUGCUGCAGACCCGCGCCAGCUCCAGCUCCUUCAUCAGCAUGAGCCGCUGCUGCACACGGGCACUGGCCAGCUAUAAGAGGAGUAAGACUGACUCGAGGAUGAGGAGGCUGCAGAUCAGCGUGUCCGAGGCGCUCUCUCUGUGUCAGAUCAGUCUGUAUGAAGUGGUGUUGUGGAUUCGGAGCUCACUGUUGGUGAAGUGGAUGAGUUACGCGCUCGGCUGUUUGCCCUUCGCACACUGAGGGGGUUAAAGGGGGUUAAAGACGGACCACUGCACUGACUCACUGCCUCUCUUCGCUCUCAUAACUCUCAUCACUCCAUCCACAUGCUACCGACAUCGCACGGUGAGACGAGAACCUGGAUCUACCGUGUAGAGUUGCAGAGUUAAAUCCCAGAGUUAUCGCUGUAUGUCACAAUCGGUUGGUUAUAGGAGGAAAGAAAAGUUGCCACUAGUAUGGACUUAAAUACACAGUGAAAAGAUUUUGGCACUGAAACGAUAUUCAGUAAGAUGAAAAGUUGUAUUUGAGUAUGUAAAAAAAACACAAAUGCCUUCAAAUGCACAAAUACUGUACCAUCAUUUAAAUGUAGUUGAAAAAUAUUAGCAGGUGUAAAUGAAAUGUGCUGGCACUUUUAAAUAGAAAAAAGAAAUAGAAGAGUUCAUGUGACUUACAAAUGACUUGCGUAUAAGAUGGCUGCCCAAUCAGAUAGCAACUUUGAGUCAUCCAAUCAGGACAGCCUAACAUUAGCUAGCUUGACACUGACGUCUAAUGUUGUUAAGUAGCUAGCCUAGGUUUACAGAGUUAGCUGUAACAUCAUGGUAUUAUAUUGUGCAGAUGUUCACGAAAAAGCUAAAUAUCAUGCUGCGUUAACUCCACACGUCCCGAUUUAAACCUGAGCUCGGAUUGCUGUUCACGUGGGUUUCCUGCGUCACGUUUUUUCCCAUAUAUUCCAACCUAGGUUGCAUAUUCAGACCUGGCUAAGAUUCUGGCUAACAUUCACUAUUACAUAAAUAAAGCAAGCUAGCUAAUGUCGUUAGCCUCUGCUGUCCUGAUUGGAAGAAGCUAGCUCGCUACCUGAUCGCACAAGCUACAGGAAAGUCACGCAGAAGUGAAGACGACCUCUUGAGCUUUUCUUCAUUUCAUUUGCAGCUAUUAAUAUUUUUUCUGCAUAUAAUAAUUUAAUUUUUGUACACAUUUGUGGAUUUCAAUGCAUUUCUGUUUACAUAUUUGCACCUUAAAUUGCAUUUAGAUUUUUUUUUCAAGUAUUCAACUAAAAAAAAAAUAUUUCUGAAAGAUUGUGAGUACAAAAAAGUGCUAAGUCUUUUCAGCACAUAUUUGAUUCACCACACAAACCCUGCUUGUAACUCUUUUACGACUCAUUUGAAUUUAGUGAAUUUGCAAUCAUGCGUCAUCGCUCAGUGUCUUCAUGAAUAUUUUUUUUCUUUAUAGCAAGAUGGAUAAAAAAAAAAAUGGACUGCUUUUAAUAUUGAAUAUGAACGAAGAAGCAUCAGCUGUAACAUGGAGCGUCUUCUCAUCACGUGUUUAUUCUUCAGGAAACACAAGCUCCUGUACAAUGCUCUACUUACUCUGUAGUUUUUUUUUUCUUUUUAAAUUUACAACGAUUUUACAGUUCAGUCAAUUUGCCAACAUGCAACACGGUUAUGGACGUCUGGACGUCUAAUUGAAUGAAUUUAAAAAAUGUAAAAAAAAAAAAAAUGAUGAUGAAAUGUGAUCUCUUAUUACAUCACAACUUGUCUGAAAUACCACACGAUUUAUUGAUUUAUUUUUGCUAACACACUUUUGCGAUAGGUUGAUGUCAGCUAGCUAGUUAAAGUGUUUGUUCAGGUCCCUGCGUGUAGGUACGAGCUGUUACUAUAGAAACAUUUAAUGUAACUAUAAAUGGAUAAAAAGUACAACAUGCUGUUUAAUAAAUUAAAAAAAACUGUGGUGUAAGAGGAAUAAAACAGUUCAGGACACCCUGUUAUUGGAAAAUAAUCAGUUUUUGGGGUCUAACAGUGACUCGUCUUCAUCACACCACCAUGUCGUUGAUUAUUUUCCUAGAACUGCACAACAUGGAGUGCUUUAUUCCUUACUAAUCCCUUGAAAAAUUAUAUCAAAUUUUUUUAUUCUUAAAGUAAAUGUUGCUGUAAUAUUUUUGACUUGUAGUAUAUAUGUGUGGUAUUCUAAGAAUCUCAAAAUUAUUAUUGUUUAAUUAUUGAAUAAUUAUGAUAAUUAGAAAUAUAUAUUCUAAUUAUUAUAUCUGUAAUAUUUUUUUUCCUGUUUAUAAUUGUGAUUGUUUACUGUAUUUUGUGCCGUAUCAGACAAUUCCUUCAUUCUUUCAUUCCCCUGUUUUAUAUAUAUUUAUAUAUGUAUAAAAUAUGUUUUAUAUAUAUUUAAUAAUUUGUUUGUUCUAUGUGUUGUAUUCUAUGCUGCAGUUAUUUCAAUUUAAUAGGAGACUGCGAGUGAAUAGCAAUAAAUUAAACAUAACCAAAUACGCUGAAGUGAGAUAAUCACACACUGACACUGACACCAUCUUCCUCAAGCAAAUCCUUUUUUUUUUUUUGCGAAUAUAAUGGCACCCUUACGAAGUGCCGCUGGUCAGCAAUUUAUUGAUGAGCCUGGCACGGACCUGAAGGCAGGUAGAGAUCUAUUAAACUCCUUCUCUCUGCUUCUGAUGGGCUCCUCAGGUGAGAGCGCAGUGUUGGAUCGUCCCAGCAGGUCUUCAUGAAGAGCCCAAAGGCAGCGGCAGGCAGCCGAGCGACUCCAGCGAGUCUCUGAAUCCCCAGAGCGCAGACAGACAGAGAGAGAGAGAGAGAGAGAGAGAGAGAGAGAGAGAGAGAGAAUCUCCCAGCGGCCAGUGUCUGCGUGAUGGACACACUUAUCUGCUCAACAGGUUUCAGCACCAAAUGGCUUUCCGUACAGGUGGGGCACCAUGUUUUGGCCUCACAGCUGAAAUGAAAUUGCCGAGACAUGGCUUCACGCUUCACAAUAAUGUGCCAUUUAGCUGCCCGAAGAAUAAAUUCGAGCUGUUGCAUUUCCAGGAAAGUGCUAGAACACUGGAACACAGGCAAUUAAUAUUGUGCAGGGAUGAAAUGCAAUCACACUGUCUGACUCCAUAAUUCCAUGAGUACAUUAUUUUGCUUCCAUUAAUAAAAACAUUAUAUUUGUUGUUGGUGUUGUAGAUAAUACAUUACACACAGUGGCAUUUCCAGGUAUUCAGUGAUUGGGGGAAGAAUCAUUGUAUAUCAGGGAUAGAUAAAUCAUUAAUUCAUUAAUGACCCUGCUGGGAAAGUAAAAGGUAAUAAAUCACAGGUUUAUAUUAAUGUGCUCGUUAUAAUAUCUUACCGUUUCUAUAGUAACAGCUCAUUCACAGGGACUUGUACAGCGGAUGGUCCUGCAGCUAAUAAUAAACAAAUUGUUAUUUUAAAAAAAAGUUUUUUAUUUAAGGUAACUUUAAGUUUUCUGAUAUCUUCAGGACAGAGGAGCUUAUGCUUUACGGUUUCUCGGUAACGUGACAAGUUGCGUUUUUUUAUCUUUUAUUUAUCUGAAGAAAGGCUGGUGAUGGAAGGACUGUUUCUAGCUGCUUUAACGUAAGUGAGAACAGGAACUAACAUUGUAUCGAUGUUAUUAUGAAUUUUAUGAAGUUCUAAUUUUACAAUUGAAUUUAAUAAACAGUAACUGAUUAGACACAGCAGAUUUGAGAAAAAGAAAAUGUUG